AUGUACUGGACAAAAGAACCUGCUUUAGAAACUCCUUAUUUCAAAGAAUGUAUGUCUUAUAAUAGAUUCCGAGUUAUUCUUUCUUUGCUUCACUUUGAAUGCUUAAAUGAUGACAGUCCUGACGUUCUGCAUAAAAUUCGGCCGGUUUUAGAUCAUUUGAUUACAAAUUUUCAGGCAGUUUAUAGACCCGGGGAAAAUAUUUCGAUUGAUGAAUCGUUAUUACUCUGGAAAGGUCGUCUAAAAUUCAAGCAGUUCAACAGAAAUAGGAGAUCUCGAUUUGGAAUUAAACUGUAUGAAAUGUGUGAAUCGAAAAGCAGAUAUGCUUAUAACGUAAAAAUUUACGCCGGUAAGGAUGCAGACAAGUCUUAUACUGAUAAAAGAAUCGGUGUCUCUGGAGAGGUUGUAAAGCUACUUAUUGGAGACUUAAAUGAACAGGGUGGAACCCUUUUUAUUGACAAUUGGUAUACCUCUCCAAUGUUAGCUUUACAAUUGCACAAUCAGAAGACAAAUGUUUUUGGUACUGUCAGAAUUAAUCCAAAGCAUUUACCCAAAUUAAAUGCAAAAGAGAUUAAAAGGGGACAAAUGAAAGUUUUCCACACUCCUAAACUAUGUUUUGUAUCGUGGCAUGACAAGAAACUUGUGACAAUGUUGACAACUGUCCACGUACCCGAGUUGAUUGACACAGGCAAAACAAAUUUUAGAACCGGAGAAAGAAUUCAAAAACCAAAUGUAGUUAUAUCGUACAACAACAACAUGGGUGGUGUUGAUACGAUUUUUUUUUACGAGGGAAGUGGAAAAUCUGCAUAA